AAUGCUUUAGAGUUCCUACAUAGCUGUUGUCGAAAAGGAAGGGAUUGACAAUGACGAUUGAAUGUCGUCAUUUUUAAGGCCAUUUUUGUCCAGAUUGGUGGCUUUUCGGUCUGUGCCUUUAUCCCGGUAACAUGACGUCCAAAGUAUCACGCGACACCCUUUACGAGUGUGUGAAUGCAGUAAUCCAGAAUUCUCAAGAAAAGAAGAGAAAAUUUCUCGAGACAGUCGAGCUGCAGAUUGGCCUGAAGAAUUAUGAUCCCCAGAAGGAUAAGCGUUUUUCGGGCACCGUCAAACUCAAGAACAUCCCCAGACCAAAAAUGCAGGUCUGUAUCCUCGGUGAUCAGCAGCAUUGUGACGAGGCAAAGGCCAAUAACGUGCCAUUUAUGGAUGUAGAGGCCCUCAAGAAGUUGAAUAAGAGCAAGAAACUAGUCAAGAAGCUGGCAAAAAAAUACGACGCCUUUCUCGCCAGUGAAUCUCUGAUCAAGCAAAUUCCGCGUCUCCUGGGUCCAGGACUGAACAAAGCCGGCAAAUUCCCUGGUCUCCUAUCCCACCAGGAGUCAAUGCUCGCUAAAAUAGAUGAAGCCAAGGCGACAAUUAAAUUCCAAAUGAAGAAAGUACUCUGUCUUUCUGUGGCUGUUGGACACGUUGAGAUGACACCAGAUGAGCUCGUCCAAAAUGUUCACUUAUCAAUUAACUUUCUAGUUUCACUUCUGAAGAAACAUUGGCAAAACGUUCGUUCAUUGCACAUUAAAUCUUCUAUGGGACCACCACAACGAUUGUACUAAAGUUGAAUGUUUUUAAUUGAAUAAAAUGCAGUCAGUACAACAAAAA